GCUUCGGAAAGCGAAAGUAAGCAUCGGGGGUGGAAAGCGCCGCUCCGUUUCCCGGCUUCCCUCCGCCCCUGGGAACCGGGAGGUGCCCGUUUGGAAGGAGGAGGAGGAAGAGGAGGCGGCUCCACUGUCGCCACCCCCGGCACUCUCUCGGGCUGGGUAUCUUUGCGCUCUUUUCUCCCCCCGGCCUAGUGGCGACUCGCGGGCUCUCUCGGCAGCGAUGAAGCGCUUCUGCCUUGUCACGCUGGGCUUGCUGGCGCCGGCCUUCCUGAUCGCCGGCAUCGCCCUCCUGGCGGCCCACAUCAUGGAGAACCUGGUGGACGGUCAGAUCAAGGAGAGUGUGAUGUUAAGAAACAAUUCAGAAACUUUUAAAUUCUGGGCGAACCCUCCGACACCCCUUCUCCUCCAGGUCUAUUUUUUUAACUUGACCAAUCCUUUAGAAGUGCUUCAAGGGGAAAAACCAAUUGUCAAGGAAGUUGGCCCCUACACCUACAGGGAGUGGAAAUCUCGACGGGACAUACACAUCCUGGAGAACGGCUCAAAAGUGUCUUCAUUUCAUCCAACCACUUACUAUUUUCUGCGAGAGCUGUCCGUGGGUGACCCAGAAGUGGACCGGAUCCGGACAGUCAACUUGCCCGCAAUGACGGCCAUGAAUAUGGCUCGGAGAACGUCUUUCAGUUUUCCUGCGGAACUGUUGCUUUUGGCCUACCAAGAAGACUUGUUCACCAUCCAUACGGUUGAAGAGAUUUUAUGGGGAUAUACGGAUAAGUUUCUGAAGGCGGUACACAAGUUUUUCCCCAGCGUCGAUCCGGUUUUCGGCUAUUUUAAACAGAUGAACGCGACAGAUGAUGGCGAAUAUGUCAUGUUAACUGGAGAAAAUAACUACCUGGACUACACAAGAGUAAUUGAAUGGAAUGGCAAAGACAAGCUAGACUGGUGGACAACACCCAGCUGUAACAUGAUCAACGGAACAGAUGGAGAGACAUUCCACCCACUGCUCUCCAAAGAUGAAACACUCUAUAUCUUCUCCACAGAUUUCUGCAGAUCCAUAUAUAUUAACUUUGAGGAAGAGUUAACGGUUUUGGGAAUUCCAACUUACCGGUUUACAUCUCCCUUGAAAUUCUUUGCCAAUGUCUCGGUUAAUCCAGAUAACGCUGGCUUUUGCGUCCCCGCCGGACACUGUACGGGAGCUGGAAUCCUCAACAUCACAGGUUGCAAACAAGGGGCCCCGAUAUUCUUAUCGCUCCCACAUUUCUUCCAUGCUGACGAGAAGUACAUCAAGUCGAUAGAAGGCAUGCACCCAAAUAAACAGAAUGAUGACACUUUUCUUGAUAUUAACCCACUGACAGGAGUUGUGGUGCGAGCAAACAAGCGAAUGCAAAUCAACGUUUUUGUUGAAACGAUACCUGAAUUUAUCCAAACGGGGAGUAUCAAAUCAAUGCCCUAUCCAGUGUUUUUUGUAAAUGAGAGUUUUUUGCUUGACGAUGUAAAUGCGGAAAAACUCCGGGCGGCUGUGCUGGAAUCCAAUCUGGUCCAAGCUGUCCCGUUCAUCAUGCUGGCUGUGGGAAUUAUUUGUGGAUCAGUGUUUCUGGCGGUCACCUAUUGGCCCAGAGGGAAAAAAGAGGAGGGUACCGUUGACGAACGAGCUCCACUUAUCCGGACUUAACUCGAUCUCCCCGACCAUGCCAGGUUUACAACAACAACAACAACAACAAGAGCUUCACCAUGAUGACUGAACAGGGCAAACGUUUUUAACUGCCGCCACAACCUACCACUUCAACGGCACCCUUGAAGUAGUCCUCUUUUUAGCAUUUAGUAACCAUCUGCUUCUGAGGAAGGUGGACCAUUGCAAACCGAACUUGAACAAAGGGCAGAAUUACAUGCUUUUUAAAAAGGGUCGGUCAGAUGUCAUUUGCCACUGCUUUCCCAGUGUGUGAAAAUAGCGGUAGUAUUUCACUGCACUUCCACCGUUCGUUGGACUUGUGGAGUUACACCUGCACCUGCAGUUCCCUGCUGGCUUAUUGGAAGUGCCAUAAAAGGUGACGUCGGCCUUGGUGACAUCCUUAUUAAUUUAGGACAGGGGUCGGCAACCUUAAACAGUCAAAGAGCCACAAAGGUCCUAACCGGAAGCCCCCCCCCCAUUCAAUUCUGGAGCUGACCGGAAGUCCAGUUACCCCACCAUAGAAUUUCUUCCUAGCGCCGUGUCCUUUUUCCUCUGCUGUCCGGAAGUCCGGUUCCCGCACCAUUGAGUCUCCUCCUAGCAUUGCAUCUGUUUUCCCCUGCCAACCGGAAGUCCGGUUCCUCCACCAUAGAAUCUCCUAGCACGGCGUCCUUUUUCCUCUACCUGUUCUAACUGAAAGCCCUAUCAAUUGUGGAGCCGACCGGCGACAGGGAGCUGCAGCAGAGGGAUGAAAGAGCCACAUGCGGCUCCAGAGCCGCAGGUUGCUGACCCCUGAUUUAGGAGAUUUGCUAGCACAGCCCUUGUCCUGCCAUCAUUUGAUUUCUUGGUGAAUCCUAUGGCUCGGAUCUACCUUGGACUUUUACUUUUCCCAUAGUGUAAAGCUUUGCACCAGAAAGGGACACACAAACACACACACACACAUACACACACAGAAGAAUUUUACAUACAUCCAGGAAAUUUCUCAUUUUUGGUUCAGGCCAUCAGAUGCUCCAUUCAGUGUUUGUUUUUUUUAAAUUUCCUUUUGAAGUAAAAGGCUCAGAUAAGCUUUUAUUAACCUGGCACCAGUGGUGGGAUUCAGCCAGUUCGUACCACUUCGGGAAAACCGGUUGUUAACUUUCUGAGCAGUUUGGUGAACUAGUUGUUGGAAGGCAGAGAACCGGUUGUUAAAAUUAUUUGAAUCCCACCACUGCCUGGCACCCUUGUAGCAGUGCCAACCCUUUGAGAGAAAACACCAGAUUGAAGGCUGCCUCAAGUAGUCGCUAGUAAAUUCUCUCCCGGUUUUUUUUUUAAUCUAUGGAAUUAAGAGUUAAAAAGAUGCAGCCCCUGGACCAAAAGAUUUACUGGGUUUCUAAUUAUUAUUAUUUUUUAAAGUACACGUACAAAUGUACAAAGUAUGUUUGAAGGCACUAACUCUACAAACUGGACGCAUCACACGUAUUUUCCAAGAUUACACAACUUUAUUUGUGAAGGUUGUUUUCCCUGGCUCUUUCUCUCGUAUCUCCUUUAAAAGUGAUUUUGGGAAUAGCAGAUUUCUUCUGUAAAUCCAAAACACAGGUUUUUUUUCAAGAUCUAAAGGCCUCUCUUCCCUCAGAGGCAUCCAGAUGUGCCGUGAUUUCCCCUUUCAACUUGGGGGGAGAAAAAAAUAAAGAAGGUUUCAGAGUCUUCACAAUGAACAGCCAAAAUGGAAUUUCAACCCUGCAGGCCGAAGCCUACGAUUUGUGAAGAUAACGUGACCCGUUUUGAGGAGUAGCGAAAAAAAGGGAAGUUUUACAGGAUCAUUCAACUUGCACUGGAGGGACUAAGAAGGGAUCCGUCGUCUUUUUGUCGAGCGAACUGCACUGAUUUGAUGAAGGGAAGCUGGGAUCCUUUCUGAGAUGGUCCUGAAAGUGAGGUAGUAGCCAGUAAUCUUGGUGUGGUAACAUCUGGUUAACCCUGCUUGCGGGAGUCAUAUGUUCUGCUUUGAUAUUUCGGAUAGGAGACGAGAAGGAAAAACCCAAGACAUUUCAUAUCAUGGAAGUUAAAAAAAAAAUUCUGGAAGAAAGCAGUGGCAAACUAUAUUUUUGCCAAGAAAACAACUGUUGUGACCUAGGCCCAAGUAGUUAUUACUAGACACUAUCAGUCCUAAACAAACAUAUUUUAUUAGAACAGCUGAGAAUUACUUCAUUCUCAUCUUAGUCCAAAUUGUCCAAAACGAAGUCCUUCAGAAAAAGUCCUUCGGCCUUUUUCUUCUUUGGCACCCUGCCAAAGGCUUUUCUUGGCAAGAACCCCACAAAGUUCAGAAACAGGAGAAAAGAAACAAUUGUAGCAACGUUGCUUUCCUACAAAGAGCCCAAGAGCCUUUGCUGCUCUUUUAAGCCUUAUGGGAGGGGCCAAUCAUCUCCUGGCCUUACUCCCAAGUCGUCCUUUUUGCUUUAGCUACUCUUGCCUUCUGGCAGCUCUUCGCAUGUGUGCACUAGGAACAGGCUCCUCCUGUUUCUCUGCUGUCCGCCUCUGGAGGCUCUGGAGUCCGCGCAUCGCACCAUCUCUGCCUCCGACGCAGAGCCCUCGUCUGGGCCUUCCCCAGACUCCAGGACUGGCCCAUUGUCCUCCCCAGCCUCCUCACUGUCCGCUGCCAGCUCCUCAGACUGCUGGCGGACCACAACAACAACAUGGAUGUCCAUGAAGACACCAGGAGUCAAGCUCAACGUGAACACCAAUUUUUCCUACUAAGCAGUGAAAAGAGAUGCUGUGUCCCUAAUACUUUCCUCUCCUUUUCUGUAGUGUAUUUUAUCACUUGAGUAUUACCUGAAGACUCACUACAAAACUCAUAGUUCCCAAAUCCCCUAUUGUUAGAAUCGUAUUGUUAGAAACGAAGUGGUUCCUUCAGUUUGCCAUCUUAAAUUUUCCUCUUGGAUUAGGAAGGAUUCCCUGGGUUUUGCUGUGUGUCCGUUGUAUUCCUUUAACUUCAUCGUAAAAAUGGCUUUGCUGGAUCCCACCAGUGUCCCUUAGCCUGGGCACUUCAUCACCCGUUAUGCCAGGCAGAGUUCUGGGAAGUUAGCUAAGCUUGAAGGUGACCCUCUGUUGUAGAAUUAAGCCAAGAGAUUAAAGCAGGGGUGAAAUGCUACCGGUUCGCUCCUGUUCGGGCGAUAAGUAGUGAUAAGAAUUACCGGUUCAGGGGAACCGGUAGAAAAAAAAUGCUUUAAAAUUUUUUUUUUAAAAAAAGGUUCUCUUGAUCACAGCUGUGCCACACGAUCAUUGGAACCUUUUUUACUUUUUUAAAGCAUUUUUUUUUACUACCUAUUCACCCGAACCAGUAGUAAAAAAAAUGCUUUAAAAAAGUAAAAAAAAAAAAGUUUCCGACGAUCGUGCGGCACAGUUGUGAUCAUUGGAACUUUUUUUAAAAAAACUUUCUUUAAAGCAUUUUUUUUUACUACCAGUUCAGGCGAAUAGGUAGCAAAAAAAAAUGCUUUCAAAAGAAAAAAAAGUUGGCCACGCCCACCCAAUCACAUGACCCACCACCACCAAGCCACGCCCACAGAACUGGUAGCAAAAAAAAAAGUGCGUUUCACCGCUGGAUUAGAGGCACAUCCUUUGCAAACCUGUGAUAGGCCAUGACAGGGGCUUCCUCGGAGGUUGGACGAAUGAUGCGACCCAAAUCUUGAGACAUUAAAAUCUGAACCUUUUUCAGCACGGAAAUGAAAAUGUCAUGUUACGGUGCAUAAAGUUCUUGCAGGAAGAAGGAUGGUUUUGAAUAUUUGCAGGGGCAAAGAAGUAAAAAGAAAAGAAUCGGAUAAUAUAUUGCAGUCUCAGAGGAGUCCAGGUUAUGUACUGUACAGUACGGUACUGUACCGUAGGUCAAGACUGUGAACUUCUGGCUUAUUUUGCAUGGAUAGCUUUUAGCCUAGGAUUGAUAUAAUUUGCAGAUUAUAGGCAGGGUGAAAUCACUCUUGCUUUCAAAGGAGAAUCUUCUGUCACAAUUGCCAAAAAAAAAAAAUGGCCUUCUGAAAAAUUGGCCUAGGUUAGUCUCUUUGGAGUCCUUGGUGCUCCCUGAGCUUGGCUGUUUCCUUGCAGAUAUUUCGUUGCCCAACCUCAUCAGUGCUAAAGGGUUUACUCUCUGUUUAUAUACAGCUGGCUUGUUGGGUAGUGCAAGAAAACCUCCAAGCUCAGAGAACGCUAAAGACCCCACAGUUCAACCUUGAGUUACAAAUAUUCUUUUCUAUUGCUGGUCUCUUGGUUUUGACAUGUUGAAAUCUAGAUGUGACCUGAUGUUGGGAUUAGCAGUUGACUCUGGGUAGCAGCUUUAAACACGCAAAGGUUUGCAAUAGCUGUUAAUAAAUCAGAGGGCUAAUUUUUCCUCUUCUCAAAAAGAUUAGACAAUUUAAGAUAAAUUUGGAAGGGAGAACCACACCUGGAUUUUGGUACGGGACUAUGAGCUGCUUGUGAAGUCAGCAAUGAAAUCUAAUCUCAAGGCCCUAAACAUGCUUGGAAUGUUGCUUGUUUAAUUUUAAGCAUCUUUUAUAGCUGGCUAUAAUUGAUGGAUGAUUUGAUAAGGGGGGAAAAAUGGAGGAUAAAGGCUCCCUCCUCUUGAAACCGAUAUUACUGGCAAACUUGUCUGCCGCUGAAGACGAUGGAUAAAUUUUAAAAAGUCUAAACUUCAGGAUCCAGUCCUCAAACAGCCUUUUCCCGACCUAUUUUUGUAAUUUGACUGGACAAGGCCAAUUGCUGCUGGUACUUGAGGCCUAGUUGCUUCUCUUGCACAAAUUUAGAAAACGAUGGGCACACUUUGCAAGUUGCUCGCCAUCGUUUCUGCUCUUGACGUUGAGGCUCGCAUCAAGACCCCUGCAGGAAUUUGCAGGUUCCUUGCAGUCCAAUAUUUAUCCUGCAGCUGCGCAAAUGGUGAUGUGCGCAUUGACCUGCUAAUCUUGGGCUGAAACCAUAGACUGCUCUCUUUAGAAAGACGCGAGCCCUCCUUCAGCUGUAAGGGACAGGAGUGGGUUUUAAUCAUGUUUAUCUAAUGCUUCUGUUAACUCAAAAAGAGCUGCUGAUCUCUCUCUACAAGUUGCACAAGGUACACUAAUAUUAACCUUUUUAGAAGAUGGGAGGCUAAGACUGUGCCAUAGCUGCUUUUCCAAGGUUGUGUUUCUGAGUUAAUGACAAGUGCUGGCCUUAAAAACAGUCUUGUGGCUCCCUGAAGUCUAACCCUUUUAUGGCAUGAUGGAACUAUACCAAGCAGUGAGUAAAAUAUGUUUUUGUUCUUUC